AUGAUUGAUCACUCACUACUUCACCCUACCAUGACCGACGCCGAUGUUCCAGAAGGCUUGCGCAUCUCCAAGAAGUACGGCGUUGCCACGGCAUGCGUGAGCCAGGAGCUCCAGGGCAGUGGCGUGCUUGUCUGCCCUGUGAUCGGCUUCCCGCACGGCAACAGUACUACCGAAGUCAAGGUCUUUGAAGCCAACCAGGCAGCUGCCGCUGGUGGCAAAGAGAUUGACAUGGUCGCCAAUAUCGGCAAAGUCCUGCGAGGCGAGUGGGCCUACGUUGCUGAAGAGAUUCGCCAAAUCAACGAUGUGGUCGUCCGCCAUGGCGCAAUACUCAAAGUUAUUUUUGAGAAUGACUAUCUCGAAGAGGAGCAUGUUAUCCGACUGUGCGAGAUCUGUUCCGAUAUUGGCGUCGCAUUGCAGCCUAAUGGCUUGUACACUUACAAAGGAGCCACUGUUCGGCAUCUGCAGCUUAUGAGGGAGCACUCGAAGCCCGAGGUCCAAGUAAAGGCUGCUGGAGGCAUUCGGACGCUGGAUGAUCUGCUUCACGUCAUGUCACUUGGGGUCACCCGAAUUGGCGUCACUGCUACCGUUGCGAUUAUGGAGGCUGCGGUCACGCGUGGAAUCACGGAUCAGCCAACUGAGGUGGAGUUUAAGCCCAUCAGCGGGCCAUCGACGGGAGGUUACUGAGUUACGUGGAAGUGUAGCAACCUCUUAUAUGUAUCUAGCUACGUUGAACUUAGCAUCUCUCGUGUUAUGUUGAAGAAAUUUCUUUCAGGCCAUCAGACAAAUUCCUACG